AUGGCAGCAGUGAAAGGACCUCAACUCAUACAAAGUGAUAUUGUCUCCUUAAAUGACCGUGAGCACCACCCCACGGUGUCUCUUGAGUCGCUCAUCAAUGAGACGUCAUUGGCCGAGAAAACAAACGAGAAAGUCCGUCCAGCUUUCGAGAUUGAAGAACAUCCAAUCGACCAGGUCCGUCCGAUUAAAGUCGGUGUGAUUGGAGCUGGUCUGGCCGGCAUUACAGCAGGGAUCUUGCUCCCAGCAAAACUGCCGGGUCUGGACCUGCGCAUCUAUGAGAAGAACUCCGACGUGGGAGGCACCUGGUUUGAAAAUACCUACCCCGGGGUCCGAUGCGAUAUUCCUGCGCAUGUCUAUCAGUCCGGUUUCUCACCAAACACACAAUGGACCGAAGAGUUUGCACAAGGGCACGAAAUCCGCGAGUAUUGGCAAGGUCUGGCGCGCAAAUAUGAUGUUCACAAAUACCUUCGACUACAACAGAAAGUCGAACAGGCUGUGUGGCUGCCCGAACUGGGUAAAUGGCGUGUCACUCUGGAGGAUCUAGGAGAGUCCAAACGGCAAUAUGAGGAAGAUCUCGACGUGGUCAUCAAUGCCAUCGGCCACUUCAACGCCUGGCAGCUGCCCGACUACCCUGGGAUAGAUCAGUUCUCAGGUCCCCUUUUCCAUUCCUCCAACUGGAAUCACAACGUCGACCUAAGCGGCAAGCGCAUUGCGCUAAUCGGCAAUGGGGCGUCUGGAUUGCAGGUUCUGCCCUCAAUCCAGCCAAUUGCCCAGCACGUGGAUCAUUAUGCGCGAAACAAGACCUGGAUCGCCGACUCUUUUGGCACUUCUGGGGUGCGUCGACUCGAACCAAACCUAUUCUCUGCCGACCAGCUCGAAUCCUUCCGCGACCCUGAUGCUUAUCUCGCGUACCGCAAGAGCGUAGAGACAGGAUACUUCUCUCGAUUUGGCGCCAUCUUCAAAGACUCUCCUGAAAAUCGCAGUCUGCGCGAGAAGUGGACCGAAUUAAUGAAAUCAAGAGUCGGCGAGGACCACGAACUAGCCGAUAAGCUCAUCCCAGACUUUCCUCCCAACUGUCGCCGUGCCACCCCAGGUCCGGGCUAUCUCGAAGCCCUGACCAAAGAUAACGUCAACUACAUCCAAACUCCGAUCCAGCGGUUCACCCCAACCGGCAUCAUAACCACAGAUGGCAUCGAACGGCCCGUCGACAUCGUCAUCUGCUCCACAGGAGCCAACGUGGACCACGCCCCACCCUUCUCCGUGAUCGCCGAUGGAAUCGAUCUCAAAAAGGCCUGGAAACACGACGGCCUCUACGGAUUCCCCUACAACUACCUCGGCGUCGCCACCCCCGGAUUCCCCAACCUCCUCUGGAUCGGAGGCCCCCAUUCCACCGGCCACGGCGGCAGCGUGCCCAACAGCCUGGAAAAUCAAAUCACAUACAUAUCCAAGAUUCUGCGGAAAAUCCGCAGCCAGGGCAUCAAAUCCAUAGCCCCCUCCAAACAAGCAGCAGAUGACUUUGUCGAAUACUGUGAAAAAUUCUACCCGCGUACCGUCUGGACAGCGAAUGACGAUUCCACCCCGGGUAACAAAAACUGCCGGUCAUGGUACAACGGCGGUCGUCCUGGUGGAAAAGUACAUGGGUUAUUCCCUGGUAGUGCUGCUACGUUGAACUACUUGAGACGAGACCCCCGAUGGGAAGACUGGGAUUAUACCUAUGUCAACCCGAGUGGAAACCGGUUCGCGUACUUUGGAAAUGGGUGGACGACGAGAGAAACGCAGCCGGGUGCGGAUCUGACGCCGCAUUUGAAACGUCCUGAUACUAUUGAUUUGAGGAGUUAUUUGGAGGGGUGGUGGGAUGUAUAG